AGAACCAAAUGUGCACAGUGGCCAGAGGCCGCUAAAUGUCAUGACGGUUUUUGGCUUUUCUGUGCACAAAAGCUCCAAACGGCCCAAAACAUAGCGGCAAACCAUUCAUGAAUACCCGGGAACGUUAAAAAGAAAGAAAAAGGCUAGUUAGGCGAAAAGUACGUUGGCAAAUACGUUUCGCAAUCCACAGAACUUGUAGCCUGUACAACAGCGACAUCAUCUACAGCAGCUGAUGGUUGCUGCGGGCCGCAGCCGUCUGCGUACAAAAUUCCGUCGCCGGUGGUGAUUGAGACGCUAUACCUGAUUAUUGGAGCUUUAAUUAGCAACUUGACGAGCAUGAAGAUGAGCCCGAAACCCUCCAUCGACUUCAACCGCGACCGUUUUCCGUUCUGUAUCGUGUGGACACCGAUUCCAUGUCUGACGUGGCUUUGUCCCUUGAUAGGCCACAUGGGCAUCUGCAUGUCCACUGGUAUUAUACGGGACUUCGCAGGACCGUACUACGUAUCUGAGGACAGCAUGGCUUUUGGCCGGCCUACAAAGUACUGGAUGCUGGAUCCCAGCAAGGCCAGGGAUGGAGUGCAGGGCUGGGACAGGGGCGUUGUUGAAGGCUCGGAGGAGUACAGAGGCCACAUGCACAACCUCUUCUGUGACAACUGCCACUCGCAUGUUGCUCGCUGCCUCAACCUGAUGCAGUAUGGUGGCAGCACAAGGUGGAACAUGGUCAAACUGGCACUCAUGAUGCCGCUGCACUCCAAAUACGUCAGGUGA